GACGAGGUUGUCAGCUCAUAGCCCGCUUGUCAAAGAGAAUCGCACUCCGACAAAGUGAAAAUAAAUGGGAAUAGGCUGAACCGAAAUAUGAAGAACGUGGCUUGGUAGGCUUGCCGGUAGGAGGAGUUGAUCUCAAGUAUUGUGAGCAAGAAGAAAGAAGCAGCUCUUGACAUCGAUCUCGAUUGUCGUCAAUACUGACCAACCAUUGCCAGCAAGGAUGGCAGCAAGGAAUAAGGAUGUUCAAUAACGGGUCAAAUCCCGAUGGCCGAGUGGGCGAAACAGGAACAUCCGAGUCUAUCCAGCAACACGAUAUCGUCUCCACACACUUCUAUGGAAGGCCCUCAUUGCACGGAGGAGAUCGGCUUGCCGGCAGCCCUGAUUUUCGUCAGCUGGUAGACAUGAAGAUGCAUCGUGGUUUCCGGAUAGUCCGCGUCUAGAGGCGGAACUCGGGAGAGUCCGCGUCCGAGAAUAUCUGACAAGUUGUAAAUGUUUCAAGCGCACGACUUGGCACUUGACCAUGUUUUGUACGCUUGCCCUGCUUUUUGGCGGCACACCAAAAGGCGGAAAUGGUAUCGGGAUACUGACAGGCGAGACUGACAAGCAAUUUCACGGACUGAUGAACGCGUGGGGUUGCUCACGGUGGCCAACGGGCGAGGGCCUAGAUGGUCUCAAGAUGUCAGAUAUCACAACUGAGAUUCCUUCAUAUGGCGUGCAGAUAUCGGUGAUUGUGAGCAGAACAUCAACGGAGUUCAGCGGUGGCCGAUUGAAUCUUCAGCAACACCGAUUCUUCAAGAACAACAAGGGUACCUGCGGCUUCCGGCCCACAACGGCGCGGGCUGCCCCGGUCACAAGAGCCACCGUGGGCUGA